ACGUCAUGAGCGUCGUGCUGUCGUUGGCAACGGCGGAGGCUGGAGCGGGAAGGAUAUAACUGCUGCAGUAAAAAGCACUUGUUGUCAAAUCAACUUUUGUUGACUCGGUAACGUUACAUGGCUGAUCUGGAAAAGCCCUCGCAUCUCAUCAUGAUGUGAAACGGCAUGUUAUCGUUUUGGUCUUUUGGAAACGGAGAAGGAGACGGGUCAUUUAGCUGUUUGUUUGCUAGCUAACAUCUCUAAAUGUACACUAACAUCUGCUCGAGUUUUAACAAGCAAGACUGAGACAUCAACAGGUGGAUUUCCCAUUUGCGAUAUUCGCUAGCAAUGGCCUCCAAAGGUUGGCAGCAUCCUUACGUCAACAUAUUCAAACACGUCAGAGUUGAAGACUGGAAAAGGUCGGCAAAAGAGGGGGAUGUGUCAACGUACACGGACAAGAGACUGAAGUGUUCCGUGUUUAGGAUCAGGGGUCCUGUUCCUGCCAACAGCUACAUCCUGGUACCCAAAAACAGCAACCAGUCUCUGGGGCUGACAGGUCGCUACUUCUAUCUUCUCUUCAGGCCCACCCCUGGCAAAUACUUUGUAGUCCACUUGGAUGUUUCUGUGGAGGAGGGCCUGGUGGUCCGUAUCUCUUUUUCCAACAUGUUCAAAGAGUUUAAGUCCACAGCUACUUGGCUUCAGUUUCCUUUCCUGUGUGGAUCUGCAAAGGAUUCAGUCUAUGAAAGCACGGCCAAAUCCGCAAGACAUGGUUUGGUGGGUCCAGCUCCCACUUUGGUUCGUUGGACCUGUCUGAUGCUGGAUCUGCAGUACACACUCUCUGUCUACCUCAACCGCUGCUACAGUCAACUAAAGAGCAUUAAGCUUUGUGCCAACAUGGCGGUGAAAAACAUGUUUACCAGCGACCUGCUGCUAGAUCCAGGAGUUUCCUUCAGUGAAGCCAAGCUGAUGGGUCUGGCUUCUUCUCAGGGAACAGGUCCUAUACCCAGAGACAUGUCAUAUCCUGUGCCCAAGGGAGGCUCCUGGCAUGAUCUCUAUGAUUAUAUCAGGUUUCCCUCAGAGGGAACAAAGUUACCCUUUGACUCCAUUCAAAAAGGCAAUCCCAGGCCCGAGUCUAGUCGUGUCUUUAACCAAAGAAGCACGAUUAGAGAGGAACCUCGCUGUGUCAACCUCAGCAAACCAGUUCAGGACCGUGUGUCCCUGAUCCAGCAGAUCACCACUCAAAAAUCACUCCCGAGGAAUCAAACCCCCGUGGUGACCAACAUACCAGAGCUAGGUUUAGUUUCCACUUACCAGAAUGAUGACUGGCUUUGCCGUAAUGAUGACCAGCAUCAGCAGGAGUCAACAUGCUCCAGCUCACAGCAGUUUACACCUAGGUCUCUCUGGGAUGCCAGUGACGGGGGAGUACAUGUGCACAUUCAUCCUGAGGACGGCUUCAGCAAACAUGGGGAGGAAAGUGAAGAAGAGUUUGUUUGCACUCCAGUUCCACAUCCUUUCCAUCUAUCAUCGUCCAAAGAAACCAGACAGCAGAAGCUGCUCCCAGACCCGAUUCUCAGACUCAAUCGAAUCAUCGGCUUUGGAGGAGCCACUACCAAAUGUGCCCUGUGGAGCAAAUCGGGUGAUGCAGUGGUGUAUCCGUGUCACGCAAUUAUCGUCUCUAUGAAGAUAUCGUCUAACCAGCAGAGAUUCUUCAUCGGCCACACUGAUAAGGUGUCUGCACUGGCUUUUAAUGGCAACACAACACUGCUGGCCUCAGCACAAACUGGCAACCACAGUGUAGUUCGAGUGUGGAACUACCACAAAGGAAACUGUCUGGCCAUGUUUAGGAUUCAUGCUCAUUCAUUAUCAUCUCUUAGCUUCUCAUACGGUGGCGGUAUUCUCUGUGGAGUGGGUAAAGACAGCCACAGUAAAACAAUGGUGGUGGUGUGGAACACCAUGAACGUUAGUAAAGCUGGAGAGGUGACCAUCUUAGCCAAAGCACACACAGAUGUGGACAUCCACACCAUGAAGGUUGCCUUCUUUGAUGAUACAAGGAUGGUGUCAUGUGGGCGUGACAAUAUUCGCCUGUGGCGAGUGAGGAAUGGGACGCUGCGCUCCUGUCCAGUCAACCUGGGGGAAUACCACUCGCUGGACUUCACAGAUGUGGCCUUUGAGGAGGGAAACUCUUCCAACCAGCAUCUUGAUGAUCGAACACUAUUUGCCAGCAGUCGGAGUGGCUAUAUCUUUGAGAUUGACUACAGCAGAGUUGUUGUCAGAAAUGUCAGGAGGCUGUUGCCUGCACAACCGCAGCAUGCAAACCACAGGGAGAAAUGGACUUUUAACACAGGUCCAAGCAUUGCCAUCAACAGCAUCAGUGUGUCCUCAUCAUUUUGUGCCACGGGCUCUGAAGAUGGCUUCCUGCGGCUCUGGCCCCUUGAUUUUUCUGCCGUCUUCCUGGAGGCUGAGCAUGAGGGACCUGUGAGCCUGGUGUCAGUCUCAUCAGACAGCCUUCAGGUCCUGGCAGCCACCUCUACCGGUAACCUGGGUUUCCUUGAUGUGAGCAGCCGAGGUUACAACACGCUGAUGAGGUCACAUACAGACACUGUGCUCGGCUUCAGUGUGGAUGGCAUCCGUCACCAUCUCACAACAGCCUCUUCAGAUGGCACAGUGCGCAUUUGGAAUAUGGAUUCCUUACAUCAGUUGUAUGAUUUUGUGUCAGAGGACAGCCCCUGUUCAGUGGCCUUCCAUCCCAGCGAGCAGGUCUUCUCUUGUGGCUUCAGCUCCGGCAUCGUCAGAGUCUUUGACAUCUCCAGUGCCAAGCUACUGGCUGAACAUAAGCAGCACAGAGGUGAAGUGGUGGGUCUUGCCUUCUCUCCGGAUGGGGAGUUCAUGUACAGUGCUGACUCUCAGGGCUCUGUGGCACUUUACAACGCCUCUGAGGAAGACCACAAUGUGAUCAGAGUUGUGUGUAAUGUGGUUGCCCGAGGCACUGAGCGCGCUCCCGACGCUCUCGCAGUGAGCAGUGACAGCCGCUGUCUGGCUUUUAUCGGUCCGUCUGAAUACAUUGUCACCAUCGCUGACUCACAGUCUCUGGAUGAGCUGCUCCAUGUAGAUGUGAGUAUUUUGGACGUGCAAAGCCCCCGUCUUGAUUCUGCAUUGAGGGUCUGCUUCUCUCCGGCCUCCACUGAACACUUAUUGGUUGCCACAUCUGCAAACAAGAUCCUCUGGGUUAGCACCAAGACAGGCCGUCUGCUCCGAGAGGUGUCUAAGGUGCACAAACACCAGUGCUCGUCCCUGGCCGUGAGUGAGGACAGUCGCUUCCUGCUGACAGCAGGACACAAUGCUGUGAAAGUGUGGGAGUAUAACAUGCAGCUCGAUAUUAACUCACAGAUGUUCAUAGGCCACAGUCAGCCUAUCCGCCAAGUGAGCUUCACCCCGGACCAACUGGGUGUAGUCUCAGUGGGAGACGCCGUAUUCCUUUGGGACUUCCUGGCACAUCCUGUUGACUCUUUGACUGACAGCCGUUCACCUUUGAGAGUAAGCUACAUCUCAGGCCCUAAAUCAGCAGUUCAACCAGACGCUGAAGUGAGUGGAGUUCAGCUGUCCAGUGGGAUGCCUCGACAGACAGCGCCCCUCCCCUCCUCACCGCCACCACCACUGGACAUCAGCAGCCUUGACCGAGUCGACCAAGAGGUUUUGGGUUCCUUGUCGAUUUGUGAUGAGACCCCGACCAUCCCAGCCGCUACAGUCCCAGCCACUGGUUCAUGUCCUUCCUCUGACCCCAGACCAGGUGUCUCCUUCCUCAAAGUCACAGAGAUGGUCAACGCAUCUCCCCUGAAUACAAGUCGCAUGAACGCUGUUGAGUUGAAAGGAAAGACGCCAGUACGUCCUGAUUGUUACAGGCACUUUAUCCCACGUUUCAAGACUUCCACUCUUGAUCAGGCUGCUGUGGCUCCCCAACCAGGAGAAGAGGGCAUAAAGCUGAAAGCAGUGAUCGGCUACAAUGGCAAUGGGCGUGGCAACGUGGUGUGGAGCCCUGACCAAGGUCUGAUGGCAUACUCGUGUGGCUGUGUGGUGGUGGUGGAGUACCUUCAUACAGGAAGUCAGCGGCACUUGCAGGGCCACAGCGAAGAGAUCUCUUGUCUUGCUGUCACAAAUGAUGCACAGACAGUAGCAUCAGCAGCUGGUGGCAAUAAUGGUAGCAGGAGCCUCAUCUGCAUUUGGGACGUCCAGAAUGGCACUUGUCGAAAUACCAUCUCCUACCACAGGGGGGCGGUGCAGUGUCUCACUUUCUCCAGAGACGAUCGUUUCUUUCUCUCUGCUGGAGACUUCUCGGACCCAGAGGUGGCUCUGUGGAGCAGUAAGACCUUCCAGCUGCUGUCCAGUGUAAGUGUGUCAGGACCCAUCCAUGAUGCAGCCUUCAGCCCCUCAGCAGCCAGCCAGCUGGCCUGUGUGGGCAGCCAAGGGGCUUACUUCUGCCUCAUCAACACACAUGGCUUGGAUGUAGACCUCAAGGUCCAGACAGUGAAAGCACCAGCAGAGGUGGGAGAUGUGGAGCUGACGGCUCUGUGCUACCACAUGGACUCCUUUCUGUUCACUGCCACCAAUCGCGGACACGUUUGCGUCUGGGACAUAAACACACAGCGCUGCUUCAUGACCUGGGAGGCUGAUGAGGGAGAGAUUGGAGUGCUGCUGUGUCGAGGGAACUGUCUGUUGACAGGCAGCAACACCCGCUGGUUGCGACUGUGGGAGGUAGAAGCUGUACAGGGAGUGAAGCCUCAGGAAAAGGUCUGCAAUGGGGAAGACAGUGGGACCGUGGUGGUGUUGGAGCAGGAGAUAAUGCUGGAUGGGACGACGGUCAGUGCAGCAUUUGAUAACACAAUGGACAUGGGCAUCGUUGGCACCACAGCGGGAACCGUCUGGUACAUCAACUGGCCAGACAACAGCAGCAUCCGACUGAUCAGCGGGCACAAGACCAAGGUGAAUGAUGUGGUGUUUAGCUCUGACGAGAGACAUUUUGCCACCUGCAGCGAGGACGGCAGCGUGAGGGUAUGGUCAGCCCCCAGCAACGAACUGGUGGUGCAGUUCCAGGUGCUCAAUCAGGGCUGUGGCUGUGUGUGCUGGAGCCCUUCUUCCAGUAAGGAGAGGUCAUGUGUGGCUGCAGGAUACAGCGAUGGGACCCUGAGGAUCUUCCGGCUCUCUUCCUCAGAGAUGGAGAUGAAGCUGCAUCCCCAUCAAGUGGCUGUCACUGCCAUCCAGUACUCUGCUAACGGUCAUGUGAUCCUUUCAGCGGGGAAGAAUGGUCUGGUAGCUGUCAGCAGCCCAAUGAAUGGAGGGACGAUGCGUGUCAUCAGGGACCACAAAGGAGCGCCGAUUACCACCAUCCAGUGUGUGCAUGAACAGUGUAAGAAUUUCGGACUGGACGGAAACGAGAUGUGGUUGGCUGCCAGUUCUGACAGACGUGUCAGUGUGUGGGCUGCCGAUUGGUUGAAGGACAAAUGUGAUCUGCUUGACUGGCUGACAUUUCCUGCUCCGGCCUAUUUUGGGGAUGACAGCCCACCUCCCAGUCUGGCUGCCUUCUGCCCUGCAGACCCCAGCCUGGUGGUCUACACUGGCUAUGGAGUAGAGAAAGAGCUGUCCUUCUACUGCCUGGCUAAAAAACAGAUAAUAAAAAAGAUUGCCCUGCCUGACUGGGCCACAUGCUUGAGCCUUUCCUGUAAGAGUCAACUCAUAGCAGUGGGAUCAAAAGAGCGAGUGUUAAAGUUGAUCAAGUCGACCAGCGGCAGGUUCCAGGACUUCGUGCAGCACAGUGACUCACUGCAGACGUGUCGCUUCUCUCCUUCUGGGACUCUUCUUUUCACUGUAGCUUAUAAUGAGAUCUUCCUGUGGGAGGUGCAGGGCCUCACAUCUGUUUUUGAAACUCAAACCUUGUAGAUUUAUUCCGUUUUACACGUGAUUAGUUCAAAUUCUUUCUUCGUGUAAUUUUAUUGUUCCAUUUUUUAAUCAAUUUUGAGGCAAAUAGUUAUUAACAUUUGCCACAUUGGAGCUUUUUCUUUAUGCGUGUAUGGUUUUAAAAUAAAAAUUUUUGAAGGAAUUGCUUUGCGUGUCCAGUCACUUCUAAUGUUUGACUAUUUAUUUGAGGUUUUUUACUGUGAGUUAGAAUGUAUAUGAAUACUGAUGAGUGAUUGAAAGUUUCUGUCAUGUCUACUGUUUUCUCAGUGGUAGAUAGAAUCAUAGUUUGUGGGCUGCUGUAGGGUGGGAUAGGGUUCAAAUGAAAAGUAGCAUGUAAAAUAACAAUCUGUAAUGUAAGAUGACUCCAACAAUGCUUGGAUGGAAGCACACAUAAAAAGAAGAGAUUGCUACAGCC